AUGGCCCUCAUCGAUGCCAAAUAUAGAUUUAUAUGGGCAAAUGCAGGUUUUCCAGGUAACUCUCAUGAUUCUGUUAUACUUCAAGCUACAGAACUUUGGCAGAAAAUAACUAGUGGAGAAACAAUCCCUCUGAUAUCCAAGAAAAUUGGACAAUCUGAUGUUCCCCCAUUGAUAGUUGGUGAUUCAGCAUUUCCUUUUACUAUGAAUUUAAUGAAACCAUACAUCAGAGGCAUUUGAAUGAAAAGCAGAGAUAUUACAACUAUUGGUUGAGUUGAUCCAGAAUGGUUACAGAAUGCGCAUAUGGAUAGCUAUAGAGUAGGUGGAGGGUGCUUUACAAGAAGUGUGAAUGUAGUAAAGAGACUGUUAAAGUGUUUGCUUUAGCAUGUGUUAUUCUUCACAACAUAUGCAUUGAUAAAGGUGAUGCUUUAUCUCCUCAGCUGAAUCUCACCGUUGAUCCCACUUCGCAGAAACAAAGAGACAGAGACACAGUCAGAAAAUUGUUGCAAAUGAGAAAUUGUCCAAAGGUCAAGAAUACUAGCAGAAAGGCUAACGCAAUUUGUGAUGAUAUUAUGGAAUACCUUUGGAGUGAAAGGAAGAAUGUGCAGUGA